GUCAUUCGCAGCGGUGUGAAUCGCGCUACGUCUCAUUCCCAGAACAUUUUCGAAAGUCUCUCAAGCGCAGAUUAAUGAUAAUACUUCAAUGAUUUUAGUAACGGUCAUGUAAAUAGUGUUGAGGACCCGCGCAUAGUGCAUUUAAAAUCGGUUGCGUGGAAGUGCGGUUAAGAUUGGGCCCCCUCAAAAUGCGCUUCUAUAAGACCAGACUGCUGACCGAUGGUCAGCUGCAGCGCCUUAAAGACCAUAAGUACUCGUGUCAGAGCAACAGUUUUAUGGACAAGUUAAUGCAACCCUAUUGGAACUGGCUAGUGAAGCAAGUGCCGGAAAGGCUCGCCCCUAACCUAAUCACUGUCGUGGGAUUGAUCAUAAACAUUGUGACGGCUUUGAUAUUGGUCUGGUAUUCACCGGAUGCGAAGGAGGAAGUGCCCCGUUGGGCGUGCGCCCUCGCUGCCUUUGGCCUUUUUGCCUACCAGAGUCUGGACGCCAUAGAUGGUAAACAGGCGAGACGUACCGGCGCCCAAAACUCCCUCGGCGAACUGUUCGAUCAUGGCUGUGAUUCGGUGUCGACCGUUUUCGUCGCCCUGUCCGCCUGCAUCGCCGUCCAACUGGGCAAUUAUCCCGGAUGGAUGUUCUUUCAGUGUUUUUGCGCAAUGACGCUCUUCUACUGCGCUCACUGGCAGACCUACGUGUCCGGGACGCUGCGCUUCGGCAGAGUGGACGUGACGGAGGCUCAGUUUACGAUCAUGUUGAUCCUAAUGAUCUCCGCGAUUUUUGGACCCUCUGUCUGGUCUACAAAGUUUUUUAGCGAUUCGAUAUACAUGUGGUACUCGAUACCGCUAAGCACGUUCGCAGCCGGUUUUUUCUCUCUUUAUUCCUGUUUAGAGGUAAUAUUUACCGGAGGCGUCGGCAAAAAUGGAUCGACCGUCGCCGGUACGAGUGUGUUAUCGCCGGUGAUACCUUUCUCCUUCGUACUGCUUCCGGCGUUUAUCAUUUACCAGAAGUCGCCGCAGCAGGUGUACCAGCAACAUCCGGCUCUAUACAUAUUGACCUUCGGUCUGGUCGCUGCUAGAGUCACCAACAGACUUGUGGUUGCCCACAUGUCGAAAAGUGAGAUGGAAUACUUGGACUGGUCACUCCUAGGCCCUGCACUAUUGUUCCUCAACCAGUACUUUAACAGUUUCAUCCCCGAGUACUAUGUACUGUGGGUCGCCAUGAUUUUGGUGACGAUAGACUUGUUACGAUAUUGCGGUCAGAUUUGUCUGGAAAUCGCCGACUACUUGAGGAUCGACAUUUUCCGGCUGCCGAGCCCAAACAGCAACAAAUACCCGACGGAGAAAAACGACUAGCAUUGGACGUUAAGGUUUUCUAAACUAGGCUCCUUCAUCUGCAUCUGCGAUUUAACGGUCAUAAUAUUUAAACAGAUUAGUUGAAGUUGGCGUCGUUUUUAAUCUGGGCUCAAUUUAGAUGUUUUCCAAUCUUUACAAUAUUGUUUUGGUUCGUACCACUAAAAUGUCGUGUCCUAAUUAAAAAUGGUAUCAAAUUUCUUUCAUUAAUGUAAUGACCAGUAAAAGCAUCCAUUGUCCAUUUAUUGUAAAAUGUGUUUUUCUCAAAUAUCAGUUACAUACCAGUUUAUCAUUUGUGAUUUGUAUGUGUACAUAAUGUGCCCUGGAAUUAAAUGGUUUUGUUGGCAUUAGUGAUGUUAUAAACACGCACAUAAAUAUGUUAACACCAUGUACAGUUUUGACAUAAAAUGUUAUUAUAUAA